ACAUUCAGAUCUCGGGUUCCAACUAUGUUGAUGAAGGAGACCGAAUUUAUCUCGUGUGCAAUGCUUCAAGUCAGGAAUACCCACCAGAGGAUAUAGACUGGUUCAGGAACGGCAACACUCUGUCAACUGACAACAAUCGGGGCAUGCAGAUCCACAAGUACGUGUCCAUUAAUACGGGUACCAUUGUCAGCACAUUAGAAAUCAAGCACGCCAAACUGUCAGACAAUGGGGUGUACGUGUGUAGGACAAGUAACAAAGACGUCACAAGUUCACAAAUCUAUGUACUAAACGGUAAAAU